GGAAAUCCAAAACAAAAAAAAAGCUUUAGCCAUAAGGCAUCAUGCAAGAGGGACGGGAGGUGGGCCAGCAUGCAAUCAAGCAUUGUCAGCAAGUGAUGAGAGAGUGCUGGCCAUAAUGGGUGCGCUAGCAGUGUCAGGCCAAGGCUCUGUAGAAGAGUUAGGAUUUAAUCGAUCUAAUCAUUUUGCGCAAGAUGAUCCUGUCACCCAAGAUGUUGUGAUCUCAUAUUUAGAAAUUGAAGAUACAGAAACUCCACAACCGUCACAGCCCUCAAAUAAUUUGUCUGCAAGGCAAACACCCCUUCCGCUUAUGCCGACUCCACUUUCGGCUCAUGGACGGCAGCCUAUUGCGCCAUCCCCGCUAGCCCCAGUAGCGCUAUCCCCGCCAGCCCCGGCAGCUCUAUCCCCGCCAGCUUCACCAGCGCCCUCUACUCCGAGGCGAAGGCGACCAACUGUUCCCCGCGCGUCAGCUAUUACUCCGCCUGCCAGGCGUCGUCCUCGCUUGGGUCGCAGGUCGCCGGCGUCACCGCAGUCUGCUGCUUCUCCCGACCGCCCCCGCUUGCGCGCCCGCCGUAGAUUUGCACCGACCCCUUUUGAGAGAGCGGCAAGCGAAUUUACAGCCGUUGAAGUACGACGCCUGGAGCUGGAGGAAGCCAGGAGUAGGCGGCAACACGAGCGCGACUUGCGAGCGUUGGAGGUCGAGCACGAGCGAAACCAAGUUUUCAGCUCCUUGGUACAAGUUGCUCAGGCUUGGCUUGAUUAUUAUCGCAGUAGGGACAACACAGAACCGGUGAACACUGCGUAGUUCAGCAAUUGUCUUGUCCCUAUUUCUAAAAUAAUUAAAUGCUUAUCGCUGAAGCCUUAGC